UGAUUCCAAUAUAACAAAACAAAAUAAGUAGCAAUACAUUUUUGAAUGUCACUGUUUGACAACACUCAUUUUACACAUACCUCUAUCAAAGUUGUGGUUUAAACCUUCUGAUAUUUAUAAUAAACUAGACCAAAAAUAAAGUAAAAAUGUCCUAUUUAAGUAGACUCCUAACACGAAACACCAAUUUUUCUGGCAUCUCAAUCACCUCAAAGUAUUUCUACACUAAUUUCGCCCACAAACCAAUAAACACACCAAUAAAACUCAUGUGUCCAUUCAAGCCAAUCCAGAUAUCAAUAUCGCCAUUUACAACAAUCCGUCUUAAACCAACCAAACAAGACGAUUUCAUUGAGCCUGGAAUUAUGGAGCAUGACAAAUACAACGCAUGCCUUAAGCGUCCACUGUCGCCACAUAUUCGAAUUUAUAAGAAACAACUAACAAGCUUGCUAUCAUUUUGUCAUCGGUUGACUGGACUUAUGAUGGUAUUCUACGUUUACGUUGUGACUGCUGGGACAUGGAUCUGGCCUGAUAUAACUACGUUUUACGACUAUUUAGAAACUUUGGAUAUCUACACAGGGGAAUAUUGGUGGACAGCCGCACAUAGAACUGUCAAGUUUUUGGUAGCUUAUCCAUUUUGCUACCAUGCUUUGAACGCAAUCCGACAUCUGAGCUGGGAUUUCGGGAAGCUAUUGGGAAUGAACCAGAUUUAUUCAAGCGGGUACUUCAUGCAAGCAAUGGUGAUUGUUUUUGCGUUGGCUUUGGUAUUCCUAGUUCCGUUUGACAUGGGUGAAACGGAAGAGGAAACCGCUGAAGCCACUGCUCCAGUUAAAGAUGCCAACAAAAAAGAAGUCCAGGUGGAUGCACAGAAAGAUCCAAAGAAACCUAAUUAAAUAUUUCAUGAAUAAAUUCAUGUUUAUUAUU